GAAUUUUCCCUGAAGAAGCUAAGUUUACUUUAUGAACAGUUACGUUUGACAAUCGACUGGCUCCGCCCAUUUAGUGAGCUGUCAUUCGGUUUGCGUGCAACACGGUUCUCUACAUCAAAACUGCAAUAUACGAAACGAAGAAGAAAAAUAAACAUGGCAAUUUCUAGCAAUCAGUCUUUUAUUUUGGCAUCUGUGUUAUCAUUUUUGGUAUUUUCUGGGAUGCAAAUGUAUAAACACUUGCUGGUGUCAUCUCAGCCCCUAACACUUUUCGGCGGAUUUCUUGGAUCAGUUCUUUUUUCCCUCAUUUUGACUGCUGUGGGGAACCUGGAAUCUACGCUUUUUGGAAAAAGCUUCCAGAUGAAACUAUUUCCUGAGGUUGUCAUUUGCUUGGCAAUUGCCUUGACAGCUUCAGGAAUGGUUCACAGGAUCUGUACAACUGUUUGCUUGGUGCUAUCAUUAGUCCACUUGUACCACAUAAACUUGCUGUCUCAGAAAAUCUAUGGACAAAGUGCAGUUGUUCAAACCUUUGCUACAAAGAAAAGGAAGUAGGAUUGUACAGUCAUUGAAUACAUUUCUAAACCCUU